AGUCCACGUGCGCCUGGUUAGAAUGUCCGUGUUUCAGACCUUGUCUGUGUUCCAGCUAGUGUUCUGCAGCCUAUCGCUUGCUAUUUCGGCGACUCCACCGCUCAGAACAUACAAUGUGACGGCCGGCGAUACCUCUGUUUCUGGGCUCUCUUCCGGAGGUUUUAUGACCGUACAGUUUCACAUGGCUCAUUCUGCGACUCUGCGUGGAGCUGGGGUCACCGCAGGAGGUCCUUAUUACUGCGCUCAGGACUCGCUGUCGGUAGCCCUGACGACCUGCCUCAAUACGCCACUGCUUAUUGAUGUUGCUAAACUGGUCGACUUUGCCAAACAGGCAGGAGAAGACGGGAAUAUUGAUCCGACAUCAUCACUGAGUCAGAGCCGAGUCUUCCUCAUCUCAGGAACAAAGGACACUACUGUUAAACAAGAGGUAAUGAAUAAACUGUACGACUUCUACAGUGCCUUUGUAUCGAAUAUUGGCAAGAACUAUUCGAUCCCUGCUCAGCAUGCCCAGCUGACUAAUGACUAUGGAAAUGAGUGUGACGUGUACAGGUCUCCAUACAUUGACAACUGUAACUACCCCUCUGGAUUUGUCAUGCUCCAGUUCAUCUACCAAGACAUCACGUAUGCAGACAACUCCAAGAUGAAUGCUAGUAAUAUGUUGGAGUUUAACCAGACGGAAUUCUUCAAUGGUGGAAGUCCGGGACAGUACUCGAUGGAUUCCACAGGAUAUGUCUAUGUCCCGACACAGUGUCGGGAGGGAGCAGCCUGCAGACUACACAUUGCUUUUCACGGGUGUUAUCAGGGAAGAGGUACUAUUGGAGAUGUGUUUGCAGUCCACGCUGGUUACAACGGAGUGGCAGAAAUGAACAAUAUCAUAGUGCUCUACCCUCAGGUGGUCAAAACCACACUCACCAAUCCUGAGGGGAUGCUGGGACUGGUGGGGCUAUACAGGGAAGGAUUACAUCUUCAAGACUGGACCACAGAUCUCAGCAGUCAAAAUGAUGCUGGACAAGGUGGCUGGAACCUCCCAGUGAACGUCUAUUUUUGCUGUGUGAAUAGUGGAACCAACAUAUUGCCUCAGAAUAUCACCAUUGAUUUUACUGGGCCUUUGAUCAUACAUGGAAUGCUGCUAGGUGGAUAUGGUAUUGGAUCUAGUACUAGAUCAUACGUAACAGCAUUCUCUCUGGAGUAUUCUGAGACUCACAACAGUGAUGUGAUAGUCGACCAUCUCCCUAAGGUGUUUUACAUCCCUGAUUCUAAUGGCGAAGUUACAAUGCUAAAUCUACCACAACCCAUUCUGGCCAAGACCCUUUACUUCCAGGUCCAUGACUAUGAGUCAAGUAGUGCUCUCCGAGAAGCAUGCUGGACCCUUGGUUUAUUUGGCUGCACACUCAGUGACGCUACAAUGAUGACAUCAUCAUCAUCAUCACCAAGUCCCACACCCUCUCCACGGGGCAACCCCUCUCAACAGCUGCCACCACAGACAGGUGUUGAGAGCUCCUCCUCUGGGGAAGCAGUCGGUAUCGCAGUCUCCACGGCUGCUGGAACAGUAAUAGCUGUGGCAGUGUUGGUGAUAGUUGGUGUAGGCCUCUGCUGGGCCAUCCACAACGGAUACAUAUUAUCUCGCCCAAGGAAUGAUAAUAUGAAAAGCAGCAGAAAUAUUCUGGAGAGAGAAGGAACAUUAAUGAGAGUGGAUAAUGAGUUAUAUACCUUGCCAGACAAAAACAGAGAGAGGGGUGUGGGCCAUGAACAGACCAGGGAAUCAACUUCCAGUGGAAGAGGACUGCUACCAUCAGAAGACUUGACUGACACUUCUCCGGCUGUCUCGACUGUUGCCACACCCACCAUCACUGAGAGCCUCACUCAGUCAGUAGUGUACGAACUAGUCCAACCAAUGGGAGAUGGAGGAAAAGCAGGAGGUGAGAUUUUGGUGGAUAAUCCAGCCUAUCUUGGUCGUAAGGAUCCUGUUCUGAGUAAUGCUGGUUACGAACCAGUUAUUCCUCGAUCUAACGACUCUGCUUUCUGAACAACAGCAGUUAGGCUGAAGGAGGAAUUCCUGUAAUAACUCAUGCAUUUUUGGACACAUCUG